AUGGUUGUGCAGGCUGCCCAGGCGCAUGGGGACCCGGACAACUGGUGUCAGUGGAUUACGCAUCUGCAGCUCGACGCACUCAAGGCGGUUCAUGCUCGCCCCCUGAGAAUGGUACGCAGUGCGAUUGGGCCAGCCAGCCAGGCGGAUCCAGUGCACGGUGGAGUCGCGACGGCCUUAGCGACCGGGACGCUGUCCUCGGGCCCAAUAAGCCGCGGUGGAAUUCGUGCUGGUCCUACUCGUUUGGACUCUUGGGACCAACCUGGCCUUCCGGACAGUCGGCACACCCCGUUCGACUCGUCCCUAGCGGUGAAUAAGCCGGAUUUAUGUCUUGUUCUUGUGCGCCAGAACAGACUUUGGAUCGGCACAAUGGUUCGCAUUCGGGGCCAUCGACUCGCCGCCAAACACCCUCUGCCCCCUCCCGCUGUCGAACCCCCUCGACCAAGAUCCAGGCCAAUCAGUCCCCUGGUCUCUCGAAGCUGCAACGGAGACAACGGAAGACAUGGGGCCCCCAUGAACGCCCGUCCUAAAUAUCAAGCCGUACUUUUGCCUUCGGACCGUGCCGGUGCCCCCGCUCUGUCGUUGCCCCUCCUUAAAUGA